AUGGCCCAGUACUAUCCGCAACAGCAGGCCUACGGGCCCCAGGGCUCUGCUCAAAACCUCCAGUUCUUCCCCUCGUCCUACUCCGUGUCCGGCCACACCACCCCCUCCCAAGCAUCGUAUGGUGCCGGCUUCGGGGGUGCCCCGAACCCUUCUACACAAGCUUUCCCAGGUGGUGGCUAUGGUGGAUUCGGAUCUUCGGCAGCGGGUGUGAGUGGACGGAUGGGCGAGCAGGGUGGCUUGAGAACCGGGUGGCUGGCGGCAUUUGGGACGGAGGGAUACGAUGGCGAACCGCCGUUGCUGGAGGAGCUUGGGAUAAAUUUUGAGCACAUUCGAACCAAGACCUUGACCGUCCUGAACCCUUUUGCUUCCAUUGACAACCACCUCAUGGACGAUAGCGACCUCUACGGCGCUUUGCUCUACAUUGUCCUGUACGGGACCUUCCUCCUGCUGUCAGGCAAGGUGUUCUAUGGCUACAUCUAUGGCGUUGCUGUCUUCGGCACCGUGGCCCUACACCUGAUUCUUAGUCUCAUGUCGCCGGCCCUCGACACUAUGACCCCUAACGCGGCCGACCCCACAAACUACAACCCUCAUCAUAAGCCCUCCGCAUCAGCCGCCGGUCAUUUCUCAGCAACCCUGACCUUCCCUCGCUCCGCCAGCGUCUUGGGUUACUGCUUCUUGCCGCUUGUGCUCACCAGUCUCAUCGGCAUCCUUAUUCCCAUGGACACGAUGUUCGGGUACCUCUUGACCACGGCCGCCGUGGGCUGGUGUACCUACAGUUCCUCGGGCAUGUUCUGUGCUGUCGCGCGCAUGAGCGGCAUGCGCGGCUUGGUGGCGUAUCCGCUGGCUCUGUUUUAUGUCGUCUUUGGCAUCAUGGGGAUCUUCUCCUCGCGGGGUACCGGUACGCUGGCGGCGAAGACGGGAGCCGCUUGA